AUGGAUUCACGGUGUAUCGCCCGCCGAGCGACGUCCAAAGCCUUGAACGACCUACAAGCAGCAUUUCUUGUCGCGGGAGGUUCCGCUUUGGUGAUGUUUGCUAUCAUCCUAACUGAAGACCAAGGGCGGAACUUGGGGGUGACUGGCGAGUGCGGGAUGUGCGCACUCAAUCGUGACCGAUGGCGAGGAGGCCCUCCUCGCACGUGGGUUGAUUCGAUAUCCCGGUACGAUGCGCCCUUAGCUAGUGACCAACUUCAAGACCUACGUGGCGGCAUUUUCUUGUCACAGGGAGUUGGUUUUCACAUCUGCCGUCCUUGUCGACUGAACCAAAGUCAAGACUUUGAGCACCCUGCCAUCUCAAGCACAUUUGUCAUUGCGGGACACGAGACGACAGCCACUACCCUAGGGUGGCUUUUAUACGGGCUUUCUGCGCAUCCCGAAGAUCAAAGAAAAAUAUGGGAAGAGAUUUCGCAAGCUUGCCUGCAGAACACCAAACUUUCCUCGAACGAGUAUGAUUCGAUGCCAUUUCUAAACGCUGCCAUCAAAGAAAACCUUCGCCUACACCCUAUCGCACCCACCCUUAUGCGUAGGGCAGUUCAAGAUGAUUCCCUUCCACUGUCCGAACCGAUCAUUACCAAGGACGGGAAGAUCUUGAAAGACAUUCUUAUCCCCAAAGGACAAACAAUUCAUUGUUCGAUAUACACGUAUAAUAGGCUGCCGAGUAUCUGGGGUCCUGACGCAAAUCAGUGGAAUCCAAGCCGAUUUAUUGGCGACGGAGCUCAGCCGCUCACUCCGCACGGGAUAUAUAGCAAUUUGAUGACAAUUUGGCUCCGGAACGCGUUCAUGCAUAGGUUGGGAGUUUGCGAUCAUGAAAUGCAAGUCAUCAUCGUCGACCUUGUGAAGCAUUUCGAGUUCAGUUUACCUGAGGGUCUGAAUGUGCAGGAAUAUCCGGCUGGACUGGUGAUUGUCCCCGCGGUGGAGGGUAAAGCUAACCAGGGUUCUCAGGUUCUGUUGCGGGUCUCCGUUUUGGGAUGA